ACGCAUGCAUGACCUCUUAUAUAACACAUGAGAUCCAUCCUAAAUUACAGUAUAUAAAAUGUAUCUAUGAUCGAUCCAUCAUUGCAUUGUCCAUGGCAAGUGUACGUGUGUUGCUCAUCAAGAAGAGGUCUUACAAUUCUCUCAGAAAAUCUCUUCAGGUCAUCCUAAGACCAUGGAUAAGCUUAUCCUUAUCCACAACCAGUGUGAGGGGAGAAUUGUUCAAGUCAGUUCCAGAGCAAACUGUACCUGUAGAGGGAAAAAUCCAAGGAUCCCUUCCUGACUGGCUGAGUGGCAAGCUGAUCAGAAAUGGACCAGGGCUAUAUGAGAUUGGAGACACUAAACUGAACCAUUGGUUCGAUGGAAUGGCUCUAUUGCACAGCUUCACAAUAAAGUCAGGAAAAGUGUUUUAUGCAAGCAAGUUCCUGCGCAGUGACGCCUACACUAAGAACAUGGCUACUAACAGACUUGUGGUAUCGGAGUUUGGAACAGGAGCUGUCCCAGACCCAUGUAUGACUCUGUUUGAAAGGGUGCAGUCUUAUUUCACAUCGCUAACUGACCCCUCAACGAAAAUAACUGAUAACUGCCUCGUCAAUGUUUGGCCGGCUGGAGACAAGUACAUUGCUUCCACAGAAUCUGAUUUUGUUCACGUCUUCUCCCCAGAAACACUCGAUGCACAACAAAAGAUUCAGCUCUCUAAGCAUGUAGCUGUUAAUUCGGCCACUGCUCAUCCACACAUUGAUGAUGAUGGAACAUUGUACAACCUCGGCAGCUCUGCAAAUGGGUACACCAUCAUCAAGAUAUCUCCUACUGGAAAAGAUUCACAUGUGAUGGACAAGGCUAGUGUGUUGUGCGAUGUACCACCAAAGAACAAGCUUAAGCCAGGCUAUAGUCACAGCUUUGGUGCAACUGAGAAUUACUUUGUACUACUAGAGCAGCCUUUUUGCUUCAAUUUACCGAAAGUUAUGAAGGAUACUCUCCUUAACAAGCCAACUAUACCUGACAAAAUGUUUGAAUGGCAGGAAAAUGAGUUGAUCAGAUUCUUUAUUGUGGAGAAGAGCAGUGGUAACAUUCUUCCGCGGAAGUUUUUUGCUCCUACUGGUAUGGUCUUACACCACAUCAAUGCUUAUGAGGACAAAGGUCACAUAGUUCUGGAUGUUUGUGGUUAUGACAACGGUAGGGUAUACAGUACCCUAACUCUCGAAGCCAUGAACAGUGGGAUAGUGGAAGGUGACAUUUUUGCAAAUCCAAGACGCUAUGUGCUCCCUAUUGAUCAAACUCUACAUGAUGCCACUAAAGUGAACUUGGUAACUCUGGAUUACACUGAAGCCACUGCCCAGCUUCAAGAAGAUGGCAGUAUCUUGUGUCAGCCCGAAUCCAUCUCGGAGAAAUCAUUUGAGCUGCCACGUAUCCACUAUGAGAAAUUCAAUGGAAGGCCUUACCAAUUUGUGUAUGGACUGAACCAAACAUUUGAGGAUCUCAUCAAGACGGACGUAAAGACCAAGAAGUGCCUAACAUGGUCGGAGGAUGGCUGCAGUGUGUCUGAACCUGUCUUUGUUGGCAAGCCAGAGAGCUCUGGGGAAGAUGACGGAGUAAUCCUGUCUGCUGUUCUCCGUGUGGAUGAGAGUCAGCCACCGUUCCUGCUGGUGCUGGAUGCCAGGACAAUGACAGAGAUGGCUAGAGUAGAGUUUCCAGGCAUUCAGUGGCACAAAGAUGUCCACGGCAUAUUCGUACCUACUUCAGCCCUGGAGUGAACCUCUAGCAUUGAACAAAGCUGUACUUUUUAUAAUUGUAGGGUACGUGUCUACAUGGUGUUUGAAAUUAAUUUUGUGCCUCUAUAGGUCCUCUGCUCUAGGGCUCUGGAUCUAGGGGAUAUAAUUACCCUUACAAAGGUUGA